AUGAAUUAAAAGGUUGAUUAUCUCUUCCCUGGAGAAGAAUACAGACCAAAGCAACCUGAUUGGGACAAGGUUAAGAACUAUGUCAACGUUGAGUAAAUUUUUAAACCCCUUAUUCCUUAUUUAGCCCUACUGGAUCCACCUACACCAAGACAGUAAAUUACUAUGGAUGAUGUAACAGACUUCCCUGAUUAAGAAAUUGUCUAAUUAGGUGAAUCUCGUCCAUAUGAAGAAGGUAGAUACAGACCACCUUCCAUGCCCACCUAUGCAGGUAUUUAUCCAUCUCACAUCUACUUGCAUCGUGGAAAAUAAUACGAUUGGUGCUCAUGCGGUCACUCAUAAAUUAAUCCAUGGUGUGAUGGUCAGUGCAAGUGGAUCCUCACUAGAUGCAGACCAGUUUCCUUCAACGUAGCUGAGUCUGGUUACUUCAAACUUUGCAAUUGCAAGCUCUCAUCUAACGCUCCCUUCUGUAAUGGAACUCAUUAACACAUGCUUAAGUGGGUAAACAAACAUCACAGAGGUUUUUGGGGUCUAUGGGGAGUCAUCUCUUUCUGGGGAUGCUUUGGCUACUGGGCCUUCACUUUCUACAAGUGA